AUGAGCUCGACAUACCCAUACACGCGCGUCUUCGCGCCGACGCUCAGCGUGACCGAGACGCACCGGCGGCGGUGGGGCGUGCUCCUCUUCGUGCUCGUGCUGCUCGGCGUCGUGUCGCUCUUCAGCACCAUGAUCCCCGAUAACCCGAGCUACGGCGCGCCGCUGACGGUCGUGAUGGCCGACUCGCGCGCGCCACACGUCCCGAACGAGGGCGAGGACGUGCCGUACUGGACCAUCACGGCGCUGCUCAACUACCAAUACGCGCGGGAGCACGGCGCCGACUUUGUGUACAUCGUCUACCAGCCCGACCACCCGCCUACGAGCUCCAACAGCCCGGUGUGUACCCACCCCCGGCUGGGGGCGCGCGCCGCGUCGUGGUGCAAGCUGCCUGCGGUGUGGGAAGUGCUGCGGACCAGGUCGUCGCAGAAUGUCAUGUUCCUCGACACCGACGCCAUCUUCCGCUCCACGACAGUCGCGCCGAGCCGCCACCUCGACCACCUCACGCCGUUCCGGCCGAUCGGGUUCGUGUCCAACCAGCCAUGGAAUGAUGGGGUUUGCGCAGGCUACUUCUUCGUCCGGAGGGAAGCGGCGUCGUUCCUCAAGGCGUGGUGGGACCAAGAGGUGCCGCGCAAGAAUCUCCACCGGCUAUGGGAGCAGGAAGCGCUGGACAAGCUGCUGGCGACCAGCGUGCCGCACCACAACCAGUCGCUCGCCAACCCGCCAUACGCCGACCAAAUCGUCAAACUUGCCUCAGAGCGCCAGUUCAAGGUCGAAGACCCCCAGCAGCUCAUCCUUCACAUCACGUCCGAGGAGGCAAACCGCUAUGCUCUGAUUCGGGACCGUUGGGACCAGGUUACAUCCCUCAAGGACCGCGAUGGCUUGCGCGCGCUGCUCGACCAGGUGCCAAUCGUGCGGAUGAACGCCAGCGCAGUGGCAGUGAUGAUGGAAGAGGAGGUAUAA